GUCUUCGACGUCGAUUCUUGUUCGAGAGUAGAACAUCAUUGGUUUAUACCUAGGAGGUCAAAAUUAACUUCCUUGGUUUAUUAUGACAUGGUAAUAUCACUACACUCGGCUAAAGUCACUGAUGUUUCAGGUGAUUCUGACAGUCAGAGAAGUGGAAGCGUGUUGUAGAGAACGUCAAUUCAGAAAGAGCUUGCGUGGAUAGACAAUACUGAUGGAGCAAUAGCAGCUUAGUUGUUUUUUUCUAGUUUCAAUGACGAAUACAUUGAAGACUAAGGAAAAACUAGAACUAAGAAGACGUCUCGUCGACAGAGUUUGUGCCUUACGCAUUUAUGUAAAACAAGGAAAUAUGUUGCAUCGUCGCUAUUCAACAUGAAGUGCAUAAGGAUACACAACAGAAUGAGCGUACAAAGUAGUGCUACUAGAAAUUACUACAAACUAAUUGUCUAAUAUGGUACGCAGUAAAGUCCUGGGUUGUUCUACGGGUUCUUGUGUUCGAUAUUUCUAGACAGAUUUACUACGCUUCUAGAGGUCAACAUUGUAUGGACUCGUCGUGCUGUGCUGUAGAAAUUUUGAAGUGUUGAUGUGCCUGUUUGUGUGUUUAAACACCUGUUUCUCGAGAAAUACCUUGAUUUGGACAACGUCAUACAGUACGAAAUCCCUUGGGCAUCGCAGCAAUCCCUUGUUACCAUCGACGACCUGUGAAAAUGAAUGCAAUAAUUCGGAGUGUUACCGCUUUUGGUGGAAGAGAGAACAUGGUGAAAGAUUCUUUGAUGAGCCAUUUAUCAGAAAGUGUGAAAGAUAUACAGCUUCAACACACUGAACCUCAAGAUGCUGCAAAAAUUGUCAGUAACAAUGACACAACGAACUCACUGUGCACUGUACUGGAAGCUAUAUUCAUUCACGGCUUGAAAGAUACGUUCUUAAAUAGAGUAAGCCAGGCAAUCGGUGCAGAUCCUGACCAAAGACCUGAGCCAACGUUUUGGGGACCAUUAUUGGUUUUUUCUCAUCGCGAAAUAAUCGAUCAGGUAAAUUCGCUGAAUCUUGUUACAACAGAUGUCGGUCGUUGCAGAGUGUGGCUCCGUAUUGCAUUAAAUGACUGCUUGCUUUCAAGGUAUUUGGAAGCAAUGAGGCAAGAUGGAAGUGCCCUUAAACCUUACUAUCGAAGUUCUGCAUUUGUUCGUGAUGGUGAAAGGUUAGAUGUUGCUCAGCGAUUGAUUGAGGGAAUAGAAGGAAUUACUGCUACACUGGCAUGCAAUUCCAGUUUACUGAAUGUGUGGACCAAUACACCAUUGCUCCUUGCAGGCUUAUGGACACCACCAUUGCGGGCCUGUCCAGUAAUGUCUGGUGUUGACAUAGCUAGAACCCUAGAUGAUAAUUAUUGUAUACCGCCUGCAGCUGAGAAGUCGCCUAAUACAUCAGUAUCACUGCCUGCAUCUCUUCAAGAAUCUGGAGUAAGCAAUGUGUUACCACUUAGUGAAGAUGAAGCUUUGAAAAUAAUUUUAGGUACACCUGUUAAUGAUGCACCAAUUUCUGAAAGACUUAGGUUAGAAACAGAAAGGUCUAGAGAUGAAGACUCUGCAAAAAAGGUAAUAGAAGAUGAAAAUUUGGAAGGACAGAAAAAUGGAAAAGAUAUACCUGUGAGACCAAAUGAUACUAGUCAUACAGAAGAAGGUUGUGAAUCUUCAAGUGUUGGAAAUUCUUUGUUCGGAAGAGUUGGAUGGUCCUCUUCCUUUGAUGAGGUGAUGGAACAAGGUUCCUCUAAAAGACUAGAAGAAAGUACUACAAAUGAGAAGGAGAAUAUUGUUUCAAGGAGGACUUCUAGUGCAACAGUAGUGAUGCAUAGCAGGUUAAGAAGCCCAAGUGAAGUCCAAAGCUACCAUUCUUUGCUUGAAAGCUACAAUUUGCAAUAUGUCAAGACUCCAGAUAUGAGAGAAUUUCUCCAGCGCUUUGAAAAUUGUUCCAGUGAAGCUGUGAAUCCUGGAAAUGGCUCUGAUGAUCCGUACUCGGCACUCUAUGGAUUGGGAUUUGAAGUUGUUCCGAAGUCACCAACUUCACUGUUUGAUAUACCUGAAUUUACGUGUUUCGUUCAGCAGCUAGGGAAACUUGCAAGAGAAACUGGCCUCGAUGCACAAAAUUAUACUUGUAGAGGGUGUGGAAGUGCUGUUGGAAUUAAUGCUGGGAAAGCUAGGGUUUGCUCCUUCAGUGGUGGAUACUUCUGUUCUGAAUGCCAUGUAGGUGAAGAAUGGAUCAUUCCAGCUAGGGUAAUACAUAAUUGGGAUUUUCGAAGAUAUCCUGUUUCUGUAAAAUCUGCUGCAUUCUUGGCUGAUGUGCAGCAUCAUCCUCUCUUGGAUCUGAAAGUUCUGAAUCCACGGCUGUAUUUGGCAAUAGAAGAAAUGACUCAGCUUCAGACUCUACGAAUACAGCUAAAUCUUCUUCGUGCAUACCUGUUUACAUGCAGGGAGCCUGUCAUUGAAGAUCUUCAGAAACAUGUUUGGCCAAGAGAGUAUUUAUAUGAACAUGUUCAUCUCUACGCCGUUUCGGAUCUCUUUCAAAUUCCAUCAGGUUCUCUUGCACAAUUACUGCAGCGUGUUGUUUCAUUUGGGCGACAGCAUGUUUUAAACUGCUGGCUUUGCAGUCAGAAAGGAUUCAUCUGUGAAGUCUGCAAUAAUCCCAAAGUAAUAUACCCAUUUGAUGUGGACUCAACAUAUCAGUGUCCAGCCUGCCAUGCUGUUUUCCAUGGAGGAUGCCUUAAUGCAUCGAAGCCUUGUCCAAAAUGCGAACGUCGUCAGAAGAGGGAAGUGCUUCCACUUCUUGAAGCUGCAGAUUUAUGAUUGUCAUGGCAAUCUUAUGUCAGCAUUUUUCUCAUUUGUUUUUCAAUGAUGUGCUUGAACUAUAUGCAUGAUAAGAAAUGUCUGCAACUAUAUGCAUGAUAAGAAAUAUCUGGUACUGCUUAUGUAACUCCAUUGUGCCUGUGGAACAUGUUAACACAACAUUGUAUUACAAAAUUUGAAAUGAAGUGUGACACCAAAAAUCAA